GCAAACUUUGCAUUUUUCGAAGGAGGGACCAAAUUCAACAACAUAUUCGAUAUAUUUCAGAGACCCUACGAUUCAUAGGCUAUAGGUUUGAGUCUGCCAAUGGAAACAGGCGAAGGAGCGGAGUGCAGAACUGGACUGACUGUGGGACGCCAGCAGUGCUACCUCCACGAGGAGAUCUUCCUAUCGCACCACCCCUUGCAAAGUGUAACCGCCAAGAGGCUCCAGCUGACCUGGUGGUGCGCCCUCCUGGAAAGCCUCUUCCUGCUCCUGCUGGUGAAGCUGCUCCAGAUGUAGGUGGGCCAACACCUCGUCGUAAUUGCCGAGAUUCCUGAUGCGAGCGGACAGGUGGAGGCGACAAAUGUCACACAUGCUGCUCGUAAAUCACAUCGGAAACGGUUUUUCCCCGUUGCUCUUGCUGCACAUGAUAAUUUGGCCAGGUUGGCCAGGGUGGAGGUCUGGCCUAUGUGCUCCUAAUUAAAUUGUUCAAAAUGUUUUCCAGCGCGCUUUCGGGCCUGGCGCUGGAAAAUUGCUGACAAAUGCUGCCAUCAAAACACAGAAAAAGUUUUCAUUUUGUUUUGUCAAUGUCCAGGCCACAUAGCACCCAGAGGUGGACGGGCACAGUGGGCUGCGUUCUGCGAAAAUUUGAUCAAAUGAAUAAAUGGCGUUAUAUGAACAUUUAACAACAAUUAUGAAUACAUAUUUUACAAGAGGUGACUGAUAAUGUAAAUAAAGUUUAAGCCAAAUAA